AUGUCCUGCGUCAACAAAACGGAGACAUUCGAGAAUAUUUACCUCGACCUGUCGAAACAGUCCGGACGGUGUAGACUUGCAGAAAGUGGUCUAGGGUGGAAACCCAGCGGCGGCAGCGAACCAUUCACGCUUAACGGCGAUCAGAUCAGUGCGGCGCAAUGGAGCAGAGCAUCGAAAGGAUAUGAGAUUAAAAUCAUCACGCGAGAUGCUGCGGUCAUCCAACUCGACGGAUUUGAACAGGAGGAUUAUGAUCGUGCCGCCAAAGCCUUCAAGAUAUUCUAUGGCAUCAACCUAGAACAUAAGGAACAUGCGCUGCGAGGCUGGAACUGGGGUAAAGCCGAGUUUGGGCGCGCAGAAUUAGCAUUCAAUGUCCAGAACAGGCCGGCGUUCGAGAUUCCCUACUCAGAAAUUUCCAACACGAAUCUGGCAGGAAAGAAUGAGAUUGCAGUCGAAUUCAACCUGGAUGCGGACUCAGCUCAAAAUGGCACAAAUGGUCACAAAGCAGGCAGCACUAAGAACCGUGGUCGCAAAGCAGCAGCUGGACGAGACGAACUGGUCGAGAUGCGGUUCUAUAUUCCCGGAACGGUGUCCAAAAAAGAAGUCAAUGGCGAAGAAGGCAGUGGCGCAGAAGAGGACGAAGAAGAGGAACAGAAUGCCGCCAACUUGUUUUAUGAGACCCUCAUGGACAAGGCAGAGAUUGGGGAAGUUGCCGGUGCCACGUUCGCAACUUUCCAGGACAUAUUGCAUCUUACCCCCAGAGGACGGUUCGAUAUCGACAUGUACGAAAAUUCAUUCCGCUUGCGUGGUAAGACAUACGAUUACAAGAUCCAGUACCAGUCGAUAAAGAAGUUUUUCAUCCUGCCAAAGAACGACGAAAUGCACACGAUGAUUACACUGGGACUGGAUCCACCUCUUCGCCAAGGACAAACGAGAUAUCCAUUUAUCGUGAUGCAGCUCAAACUCGACGAUGAGGUGAACCUGGAUCUCAAUAUGACAGAAGAGCUCCUCGAAACGAAGUACAAAGACAAGCUGGAACCACAUUACGAAGCACCGAUCCAUCAUGUCAUUGCCAAAGUCUUCAAAGGCUUAUCUGGGAAGAAGAUAAUCAUGCCCUCCAAGGACUUUGUCAGUCAUCACAACAUGAAUGGGGUUAAGUGCUCCAUCAAGGCCAAUGAAGGAUUGCUUUUCUGCCUGGACAAGAGUUUCAUCUUUGUCCCCAAGCCUGCCACCUACGUACCGAUCGACUCCAUACAGAGCAUCACUAUGUCGAGGGUUGGAGGAGCUCUAGCGGCUAGUCGCACGUUUGAUAUUACCAUGACACUGAAAGGCGGCCAAGGAGAGCAUCAGUUCAGCAACAUCAACCGUGAAGAACAGCAGCCACUCGAAGCGUUUUUCCAAGCCAAGGGCAUUCGAUUCAAGAACGAGAUGCUUGAUGAUUCAUCCACACUGUUGAAAGCAGCCCUGGAGGAUCAGGAUCUGGCAUCAUCAGAUGAUGAUGACAAUGGCGGCGUGAAUCGGGGAUCAGCCGAUGAGGACGAAGACUCGCCCGAUGAAGAUUUCCAAGAUGAGUCUGAGAGUGAUGUGGCUGAGGAGUACGAUUCAGCACACGAAAGCAGUGGCAGUGAUGCAGGUAGCGAUGCAGAGAUGGCUGAUGUUGCAGGAGAUGAUGAAGAUGCGGCUAGCGAGGAGGAAGAAGAGGCAGACCGACGGCCUAAGAAGAAGGCAAAGAAGUAG